AGAAAAUUAUGAGCAACCUCAGGUACUCGGACACCAAUUUUUCCAACGAGGGAGAAUUUCAGGAUAAGGCAGCAGAGCAUAGGAGAGGAAAGCCACAGCACUCCCACAUAUCAACGGCUAAUUCUCGUCGCAAAUCGCAUUUCAGAUUCUCAGUAUUCUCUCUGCACUACUUGAAGAGAAGAAAAUGCUGGCAGAAUCUGCAUUUCUAAGUAGAGCAGCUUCUAUUUGCUUAAAAUGGCAAUCUUCGACAAGAAACACCAAUAAAUCCCAUGCUAAGCUCCUUGUAUACUCGAGAAUUCGCCCUUCUCAUUCCAUGGAUGACGAGAACGAGGUCUACAAACAACUGGGUUUCUUUUCAUUGAAAAAGAAGAUUGAAGAUGCUGUUCUCCGAGCUGAGAUGUCAGCACCAACAGCACUAGAGCUGGAGGAAGUGAGACGGAUCAAGCAGGAAGAAAUAAUGCGUGGUUGCAACCUCUGGGAUGACCCUGCUAAAUCCAAUGAAAUUCUUGGCAGAUUUGCUGAUAGUGCUAAGGCAAUUGAUGCCCUCAAAGACCUAAAAUAUAAGGUUGAAGAGGCAAAACUGAUCUCACAGUUGGCAGAGGUGGAAGGCAUCAAUUAUCAACUUUUUAAGCAAGCAUAUAGCGCAUCUUUAGAUGUGAACAAAUUCUUGGAUCAGUAUGAGAUGGUGAAGCUUCUUAAGGGGCCAUAUGAUGCGGAGGGAGCAUGUGUAAUUGUUAAAGCUGGACCUGAAGGCCUUAAUGCUGAGAAAUGGGCAGAAGAUCUUCUGAACAUGUAUAUCAAAUGGGCCAAAAAGCUGGGCUACAAAAGCAGGCUAGUUGAGAAGCAUCCUUCUGUGACUGGAUAUGGCGGUACCCAGAUGGUAACUAUUGAGUUUGAAUUUGAGCAUGCAUAUGGCUAUCUCUCAGGAGAGAGAGGCAUUCAUCACAUGAUAAAUUCUCGAAAUGGGUCUGUUGCUGUUCAGUAUGAGGUAAGCAACUGAAUUUCUUCAUGCACUUAAAUUCAUGAAAGCAUAGGCUAGAAGCAUUGUAUUACCUUGAUUAGAAGAAUUACUGAUUGUUGAGUUCCUAAUAUGAGUUAAUAUUUUUCAUUUGACUUGUGAAAAUGGGGUUUGUUUGGCAAAAUUCAUUUGCAA